CCGGUGACAUCUCAGUUUAUAAAGCCGACUGUAGAAAAGCUUCAGCAUCUAUCGGUUCUGCGCUGUUGCUUCUAUUAGCCCGUGGCUUUUAAAAAGACGUUUUUAGUCUUUCUGUAUCCUGGUUUUGAGAAAAGCAGAAAAGUGCGUGCCAGAUUGAAGCAAAUGGAUGCAAUUUUGAACUGCAGACUGGAGGACAUGGAAGAUUAUUACAGUUUGCUAGGAUGUGAUGAAUUGUCUACUGUUGAACAAAUUGUUUCCGAAUUUAAGAUCAAAGCACUUGAGUGUCAUCCUGACAAGCAUCCUGGGAAUCCGCAAGCUGUGGAGACUUUUCAGAAGCUUCAGCAAGCUAAAGAGAUUCUUACCGACGAAGAAAGCCGAGGUCGUUAUGAUUACUGGCGGAGAAGCAAAAUUACUAUCCCGUUCCAACAGUGGGAGGCUCUGAGCAAUUCUGUCAAAACGUCAAUGCACUGGGCUGUCAGAAGUAAAAAAGAACCAAUGCUGGAAGCUCCUGACUUAAAUCUGAAUGACAAAAUGUCUGAAGGUUGUUCCCAGAAGGCUGAAAACAACAAUGGUGAAUUGUUGGGUGACAGAAAGGGGCAAGGAGACUUUGAUCCCACUGAUGAGAAGCUGCUAUCACCAAAGAGCCCUGAUUCCCCAGCAUUUUCAGAUCAAAACGGUUGGCACUUGCGUUUCCGCUGGUCUGGUGACACUCCAUCUGAACUCCUGCGGAAAUUUAGAAACUAUGAAAUAUGAAGCAGAAGACCAAAUGUAUGCGAAAGGCCAAAUAUGUGUUGAACCUUCUGUUCACCAUUUCAGUAUUUUUGUAUAUGUUUAUAAAGGAUUGUUUGUGUCUAUGGA